AAAUUUUUUCUUGUUAUUUUGGCAUUCUGAUAAAAAGUUUUGUUGUCCAUUAUAUGCAAGGCUAGGAGAAUUUAUACUUUCUGUGAGAUAAUUCAGAAUCAAUACGAAUCAAUACAUAAAUAUUUGGGAGUUUGAGUGAUAGGAUCAAUGUUCUGUUGCUAUUAUAACCAGAACAAUGUCUCACAAGUACUCAUGUCAGUGGCAUACUCUGAUGAAAACAUGGAUUUUAGUUGGAAGAAAUCGAAAGAGCUGAAAGAGCUGGAAGAGAGUGAGAAAGAGCAUGAGAAAGAGAGUGAGAAAGAGCAUGAGAAAGAGCAUGAGAAAGAGCAUGAGAAAGAGAGUGAGAAAGAGCUGUUAAAAGCUUUUGAAAGAUUUGAAUUGAUAGAAUUAAGAGUAAUUUUAGGUAUUAAUAAACAGCAAAAAUUUAAUGAUACUAUUUGGAUUGUUGAAAAUGUACUAGUAACUGGCAACUCUGUAGUCAAAGGGGAUGAAACUUAUAUGAAAGAUGUUGUUGAAACUGGCGAGUCUUAUAAUUUGAUAGUUGACAUAGAUCCAUCAGAAAAUAUGACUGAAAUUUUCAGCAAAUGGGAUACUGAAACUAUUAAUAGAUUGCAAAAUUUCUUUUGGAAGUCUGGAUCUGAUCUAGCAUUUAUUAAUGGAAAAGAAAUGAAAUCUGAAUUUAAAAGAGAAUUAGAGAAUUUGAAUCAUGAGUUAAAAUACUCAAUGGAAACACAAAAAGCUGGUCAGCAAUUAGAUUUAUUCAAUUUUGGCAAACUACAAUUUAAAGAACCUUCUUCUUCUCCUGUUUCUCAACCUUUGGCUGACAACUCUGCUAAGCGUACUAAGGUUACUGCCUAUAGUACUAUGGACCAAGAUAUUAUUAUUCCACCUGACUAAAUGUAUUAUUUAAUUCUCAACAAUUAUUACUUAUUAUGCAAUGCAAAUUCUGAUAGUCACAAUUUAUAUUUAAAAAUCCAGACUGAGUUAACCUAUUUAUUCAAGUAGAUGGAAUUGAAAAUUCAACAAGCAAAUUAGCAAAUGCAACAACUUGCCUUCAAUUUUAUGACUCAGCAAAGUACCUCUCAAAUAAUCUACAAUCCAAAUACUAUUUACCAUAUAAUAAAUUCAACAUUACUUUUAUACCAAUUAUUUGGAUAUGCAUAAUUCUGAGACUUGGAUCUUAAAUACUUAUAGGUCUCAGAGAUUAUAUAUUAAAGUGUCUUAUACAAUAGUAAUAUACUGAUUUUAGAUUACAUAUUUAAUCUAUA